AUGGAUAGUGUGAAUAGCUCAGAGGGUCCCUGGCUACAAAGAUUUGCAAAUGGGAAGCCUUUGAGAAAACCCAGACGGCAACAGCCUUGGAAGCAUCAGCAGACUGGCACAGCCAAUAAUUUUGAUUGCAGCAGACAUUUUGGGAAGGAAAAUAUUGCCAAAGAUUGGCUAACACAGAAGGAUUUCAUGUUUUGUUAGGCAGCACCUGAUCAAAGCCCAGACAUCAUUGCUUCUGUUCAGUGCCUCUUGGACAGAGAAAAUUUUGUGAGGGAGGUGGACAGAUAUUUGAGGCACUGUGAUUUCCUAGAUCUGAGAAAGACAGAGCUUCUGUACAAAAAAUACCUUGAGGAUGUUUCAGAGCCAUUUAUGCAGAAAAUGAAGGACCAAAUGCACAGCCAGUCAGAGGAAGAAGUGCAGAAAAGGAGACAGGAACAAUUCUCUCAGUAUUUGAACUACUGUACAAAGAAGGGCUAUGUGUUUUUGGAUCAUUAUGACCCAUCUGAGUACGAUCCAUUCUUCCAGAAGACGUGCAGAGACUGCUGGAAGGUGUGAGGAGGUUUGGAGGCCACUUUGACCAGCAGGA